GUUUUGGGCGUUGGACCAACCGCCAUGAUAACGUUGUCGUCCUCGAAAUGAAAGGUCCAGAUCGGUUUACAAAAAAAAAAAACAUCCAAAGUCCAUGCUGGUUUCCAAACCAUUCAGAAUCAAAUCCUGCCAUCCGUCAAAUUCUAGAAAGAGAAAGAACUUGAGAGAGAAUGGCACCAGAGAUUGUGCUCCAAUUGGCGCUCCUAACCCUAACCCUAGCAAUGUUCAUCGCGAUCCGCAAGUUCCCCAGAGAAGCCCUGAGCAAGCUCCGAACCAGGCACCGAGCGACUCUCCAAUCCAACCGCCACUUCGCCCACGGGUCCACUCUCCUGGCUCAGGCCCGAGGGGCCCACCCGGCCCAGUCCCUGGCCCACGCAAAGUCCGCUCUGUUCGAAGCCCAAAAGGCCCUCUCUCUCUCUCCCAAGGAUCCGGGACCACUCGUCCUCAAAGCUCUAGCUCUGGACCUCAUGGGGCACAAGAGCUCCGCGCGGAGAUCGCUGGACCUAGCACUGUCGUCUCCGCGAGUGAGGUCGCUCGCGGAGAGUGAGCGUGGGGACGCGCUGGUUAAGAGGGCCGAGUUGAAGCUGGCGACGAAUCGGAGGCGAAGGGUUGACUCGGCCUUGGAGGACCUGGUGGAGGCGGUGAGGCUGGGAGGAAGUACCAAAGCUACGGCGUUUUGUUUGCUGGGAGAGUGUUACGAGCGUAAGGGGAUGAGAGAGGCGGCUAAGGAGGCUUUUGAAGGGGCCUUGAGGGUCGAGCCUGGGUCCGUCGCGGCCCGUCAGGGAUUGGAUCGCUUGGGCCCAUGAACUUUGGGCUUGGUUCGAGUCGACCUUGUCAUUCAUUUGCUGAAAAGUAAAUAAUAAUCCAAAGGCUAAGCUCUUGUGAGAAACGCUACUUUUACUCCUUUUUUUUUUUUUUUUGGUGUAUAGGA